AACGUAUGUGAGUUACCAUGCUGAUGACAAGUAAGUGGGCACGGAUUACACGGCUGGAAAACAGAGAUCUCUGAUUUGACCAAACAUGGCCAUGCAGCCAGCGAUCGUGAAUCAAAGCCAUCUGGUCGUGUCUGAUGCCAACAUCUCAGCUUUGGGAUUCCCAGGCCCCUGGAGAGAACCUACAUUCACAGCAGCUGCUAAAGUUCGUGUAGGUGUCACCUGCUGCUUCUUUCUGAUAGCAUCAUGCAGCAAUGUGGCUGUUCUGUGCAGUAUCAGUGGUAAAAGAUGUAAAUCUCACCUCCGGAUUCUCAUCCUCAGUCUCUCCGUGGCUGACUUGCUGGUUACUCUCUUGGUUAUGCCACUAGAUGCCAUGUGGAAUAUAAUGAUUCAGUGGUAUGCAGAUGAACUUUCCUGCAAGAUCCUUAAUUUUGGAAAGCUGUUUGCCAUGUAUUCUGCUGCAUUAGUGCUGGUGGUCAUCAGUCUGGACCGCCACUGGGCCAUCCUAUACCCCCUCAGCUUCACCAGUGCUGGACAACGAAAUCGCAUCAUGCUGUGGACAGCUUGGAUUGGCAGCUUGCUGCUGGCAUCACCCCAGCUUUACCUGUUUCGUUUGCGGAGCGUCCCUGGAGCCAAUUUUACACAGUGUGCAACACAUGGGAGCUUCCCCCAGCACUGGCAGGAGACCGCUUACAACAUGUUCACUUUUUGCACUCUGUUUGUUACUCCACUAGGCGUCAUGAUUGUGUGUUACACACGAAUACUCUGGGAAAUCGGCAAGCAGAUGAAGCACAAGAAUGAGCUUGCAAGGAGUAAGAAUGACCUCAUCUCCAAAGCACGGCUAAAAACCCUGAAGAUGACACUAGUUAUUGUGGUAUCUUUCAUGGUUUGCUGGACUCCUUAUUACCUGUUAGGAAUAUGGUAUUGGUUCCAGCCAGAGAUGAUCCACCUAACACCGGAGUACAUCCAUCACAGCCUGUUUCUCUUUGGCCUCCUUCACACCUGCACUGACCCUCUAGUUUAUGGACUAUACACCCCUUCAUUUAAAGAGGAUUUGCGCACUUGGCUCAGGAGACUUGGGGGUCUGCUGACAAGGAAGCAGCUUGCAGACUCUGAAAUGAACAUCAAAGACCUUACCUCCAUGGAUGGGCCAACAACUACUGCCACCACAGUACAGUCUAUCUUUUGAAACCAAUUUUGCACACUUUACAUUUUCAUGUGCAGCUGUCUUUAAAAUCUAGAAAACAUA